AUGGACGACUCCAUGGAAGUGUCUGCCUUCGAAGUCGAGUCGAGCGACUUCGAGCCCGAGAAGCCGAAGGCAAAGGCCAAAGCUCCGGCGAAGAAAGCCGCCGCCGCACCAAAGCCAAAGGCGCCCAAACAAACGAAACUUACGAAGGCGCCUACGACAUCAAAGGCCGCACCGAAGCCCAAGAAGCGUGCGAAACCCGAGUCUGACAAAGAGAACUCCGACGUGGACGACGCCUCAGAGAACGACGACUCGUUACUGUCCAAUACCCCUCCAUCGAGCAAGAAGCAGAAGAAGGCACCUGCACCCAAGAAGAGUUCUGGCAAGCCUCUCGCCGAAGUCGAGAACGAGAGCUUCGCCAUGGACGUACCGGUGGCACAAAGCGGCUCGAAGAAGGGCGGAUCAACUGAACAAUAUCAGAAGCUUACGCAGCUGGAACACAUUCUGAAGCGACCGGAUACCUAUAUUGGCUCGGUAGAACGCACUACUGAGCAGCUAUGGGUGUUCAACUCUGAGACCGAGACGAUGGAGAACCGCAAGGUCAGCUUUGUGCCCGGUCUGUACAAGAUCUUCGAUGAGAUCCUGGUCAAUGCUGCCGACAACAAGCAGCGUGACAAGAACAUGAACGAGCUGAGGGUAUGGGUGGACGCCGAGAAAGGUAUCAUCGCCGUCCAAAACAACGGCAAAGGAAUACCGGUCGAGAUUCAUGGCAAGGAAGGAAUCUACAUCCCAGAGAUGAUCUUUGGACACCUGUUGACCUCGUCAAACUACGAUGACGAAGAGGCCAAAGUUACCGGAGGACGCAAUGGAUACGGUGCCAAGCUCACCAACAUCUACAGCACCCAGUUCGAUCUGGAUACGGUCGACUCGAAGACGAAGCAGCGAUACCGGCAGACGUGGCGUAAGAACAUGAGUGUCAUGGACAAGGCCAAGAUCGACAAGUCCAAAGACAGCGACUACACGAAAAUCACAUUCAAGCCGGACUUUAGCAAAUUCGGAAUGGACAAAAUGGACGACGACUUCGAGGCUCUUGUGAAGCGUCGAGUCUACGACAUGGCCGGUACAUGCAAAGGCGUGAAGGUUUAUCUGAACCAACAACGCAUCAAGAUCACGAAGUUCAAGCAGUACAUGGAGAUGUACACCAAAGCCAUCAAGACUGAGAAUCUUGCAAAUGACGGCACAGCACCAGAGCAAGUCAUCUUGACGGACAAUCCGCAUGAGCGGUGGGAGAUCGGAUUCGCUGUCUCAGAUGGGUCCUUCCAACAAGUGUCCUUCGUCAACUCGAUAUCGACCACAUCUGGAGGUACCCACGUCAACUACAUUGCCGACCAGAUCAUCGACAAGCUUGAAGACAUUGUCAACAAGAAGAACAAGGGCGGUGUCAAGCUGAAGAAGGCUCAGAUCAAGAACCACAUCUUCCUCUUUGUCAACGCCUUGAUUGUGAACCCAGCAUUCACAUCUCAGACGAAGGAGCAGCUUACGACCAAGGUCAGCGCAUUUGGCAGCAAGCCCCAGGUCAGCGAGACGUUUUUGAAGGCUAUCGCAAAGACGGAGGCGGUCACAAACAUCAUUCACUUCGCUCAACAGAAGGCCGACAAGGUACUCGCAAAGUCAGAUGGCAACCGCAGACAGCGCAUGAACAACUCGAAGCUCACGGAUGCCAACAAGGCCGGCACGAAGGACGGCUACAAGUGCACCUUGAUCCUUACUGAAGGUGACUCUGCCGCGCUCUUGGCUCUGGCUGGUCGAGCUGUGGUCAACCCUGACCUCUUCGGUGUCUUUCCACUUCGUGGUAAAAUCCUCAACGUCCGCGAUGCAUCCAUUGAUCAGAUCUCUAAGAACCAGGAGAUCCAGAAUAUCAAGAAGUUCUUAGGUCUGCAACACAAGAAGGAGUACACUGAUACGAGAGGCCUCCGGUAUGGACAUUUGAUGAUCAUGACGGAUCAGGAUCACGACGGCUCUCACAUCAAGGGUUUGCUCAUCAACUUCCUGCAAGUCCAAUUCCCGUCUCUGUUGAAGCUUCCAGGCUUCCUCAUGGAGUUCAUCACACCCAUCGUCAAAGUCUGGAAGGGAGACCCCAAGAAUCCCAGAGCUCACCACGACUUCUUCACGAUGCCACAGUACGAGGCUUGGAGACAAGAACCGUCGCAUCAGAAGGGUUGGGACCACAAAUACUUCAAGGGAUUGGGUACUUCGGAUACCAGAGAUGCCCAAGUGUACUUCGCGGAUCUUGACAAGCACUUGAAGCAGUUCCAUGCUAUUCAAGAUGGAGAGGCCGAAUUGAUUGAUCUGGCAUUCUCCAAGAAGAAGGCGGAUGCCAGAAAGACGUGGCUGGGCAACUUCGUGCCUGGCACCUAUCUCGAUAUGUCUGGAACCGCUGAGAUCACCUAUGACGACUUCAUCAACAAGGAGCUCAUCCUCUUCUCCAUGGCAGACAAUCUGCGCUCGAUUCCCUCGGUCAUUGACGGCCUGAAGCCUGGUCAGCGCAAGGUCAUGUACACCUGUUUCAGACGCAAUCUGAAGAAAGACGUCAAGGUGGUGGAGCUGGCUGGUUCAGUCUCCGGUCUGACAGCCUACCCGUACGGCGAGACAUCGCUGCAGCAGACCAUCAUCGGACUUGCCCAGAACUUCGUCGGCUCGAACAACAUGAACAUCCUUGAGCCCAGUGGUAACUUUGGCUCCCGUUUGCAGGGUGGUAGUGAUGCUGCCAGUCCUCGUUACAUUUACACGAGGCUCUCUUCCUUGGCUAGACGGAUCUUCCACCCAGCUGAUGAGCCAUUGCUGAAGUACAACACCGACGACGGCAAAACCAUCGAGCCAGAGAUGUACGUCCCCGUUGUACCAAUGGUUCUCAUCAAUGGUGCCGACGGUAUUGGAACUGGUUGGAGUACCUCCGUGCCCAACUACCGCCCGGAAGACGUCAUUGAGAAUCUGAAGCGUCGCAUGGAAGGCGACUCAAAGGACUCGAUGACUGUCAUGAAGCCGUGGUACCGUGGAUGGACCGGCGAGACCGAGCAGCUUAGCGACGAGAGAUUCAAGUUCGGCAGCACCAUCAAUGCCACCGGCGACAAUGAAGUCGAGAUCACCGAGCUUCCCGUCCGCUACUGGACGCAAGAAUUCAAGGAGAAGCUGGAAGAUAUUCUCAAAGCAGAGAAAGUACCGUCCUUCAUCAAGGACUACACCGAAUACAACACUCCCGAGAAGGUCCACUUCAUCAUCAAGCUGGAGGAAAAGGAGUUCAAGAAGCACCAGGACAAGUUCGAGGAAGCGUUCAAGCUUUCCAAGACGCAAGCAACGACCAACCUUGUGGCUUUCGAUGAGCAUGGCAGGAUUCACAAGUACGGCACUCCUAUGGACAUGCUUGAGGAGUUCUACCACGUCCGUCUGCGGAUGUAUCAGCUGCGCAGGCUGCACAUGCUCAACGAGAUGGAGCGCGACCUGCAGAAGCUGAACAAUCAAGCACGAUUUGUGAAGAUGAUCAUCGACAACGAGCUUACCGUUAGCAAGAAGAAGAAGACUGUCCUUGUGGCUGAGCUGCAAAAGAAGGGCUUCACCCGCUUCCCAAAGGUCAUCGAUGCCCGGAAGGAGGGCGAAUUCGAGCCUGUCGUACCAGCAGAAGACGAGGACGACGACUCAGAAGACGCCGAGGCAGCGGCCGGUGCCAGUGACUACGAUUACCUCCUUGGCAUGGCUAUCUGGUCGCUGACGCAGGAGCGUGUCGAGAAGCUGCUGAGGCAAAUUGGUGACAAGGAGGAUGAGAUUACGGUUCUGACAGGAAAAUCGCCCAAGGAUUUGUGGAAGACUGACCUUGAUGCCCUGCUCGAGGAGUGGAAUGCAAUGCUCGACGAGGAGUCAAAGCGUGAGAAGAAGAUCCGGUCGAAGGGCCGCCGCGCUUCUGCCAAGCUUGGCAUAGGAGGCAAGCCUGGAAAGAAGCGUAAGGCCAACGACAGCGAUGCUUUCUCUGACGACGACUUCGCGCCUAAGAAACCGAAGACCACUGCCAAGUCGAAGGGGGCGGCAGGACUGCUGGCAUUGAAGGCAGAUUCAAAGCCGGCCGGUGUCUAUCCAGUAGUGGAUGGUGUUGAACAGGAGCGGCAGCCCAAGCCAGCCAGCAAGCAGACUACAUUGGAUGCCUUCAAGUCUGCAUCUUCUUCGGGCAAGGAUCCAGUAGAUGUUGAUGACAAGAAGCCUGCAGCCGUCAAGAAGCCUGGCCGUGCCAAGAAGGUCAUAGAGGAUGAAGACGAUGAUGAUGCUGAGCCUGCACCAGCAAAGAAGGCAGGUCGCCCAAAGAAGUUCACUCCCAUCGAUGACGACGACGACGAAGAGGAUGUGUUCGCUGCUGUAGCUAAGGAGGCCCCCAAGCCAUCAGCCGCCCCUGUCCGUGGAGCACGAGCUGCCGCGCAGAAGAUGUCGUACAGGGUCAAUUCUGACGACGAGGACGAGUCUUCGGAUGCGGACAUGCUGGACGAAAUUCCAGUGCCAAAGGGAAUUGGCGGCAGCAGCAACGACGAAUCGACACGUCUCUUCCACAAGUCGGGCUCGCGGCCUUCGAGCAGCCAUGGUCUCAAGCAGAAGUCCAGCAGGGGCACUUUAUUCAAGGACGAAGCCUCCGUUUCCGGCGACGAGUCAAACUGGGCUGCGCUGGCUCAGAGCUCUCCUCAGAAGACAGGUCGCGCUGCGAUGCCUCUGGGAGAUGAUGACUCGAUGGACAUAGACGAGCCGAAGCCAGCUCCUAAGCCUGCGAAGACUGCUGCGUCCAAGCUCAAAGUAAAGGAGUCUACCACUCUGAAGCCGAAGAAGGCUUCAGCUCCAGCCGCGGCUCCUCCAGCGUACAAGCCGCUCUCGCUCUCACCUGCGGCGAAGUUGGUGGCAAAGAGGAAGGCGAGUGGAACGAACGAGGCUAAAUCUGGCGCUUCCGUGCCAGCCAAGAAGGCGGAAGCUGUCAAGGCGAAGAAGGCUGAUGACGACCUCGUGGACGAGAUUCUAGACGAUGAUGAUGAUGAGGACGAUAGCAGUCCAGUCAAGCCUGCUAUCCUACCAUCUCGUCGUGCGGCCGCGGCUGCACCGAAAUCGAAGUACACGGGGGACGACGAAGAAGACGAAGAAGAGGACGAUGACUUGGAGGAAUCGGCCGAGUUCGACAAUGACAUGGACGAGACUUUUUAG